GUGAUUGGUUGCGAGGGUCGUCACUCUGACUCAAACGGUAUGGUGAAUUUUUAAGAGGCUGCUAUAAACUGUUGUAUUUCUUUUAGAAACACACCUCCCAACCAAGCUGGUCCCGCUGCACAAAUCAUGGCAACCAAGAAAAACGCCAAAAUCAACCUCAAAUCUAAAGAUACUACUAAGGUCCAGGCACCAAGCAAGAAAGGAAAGAAGGCGGAUUCGUCUUCCGCUAGCAGCACGUUCUUCACCUGGUUUAUUGUUCUUGCCCUAUUGGGUGUCUGGACAUCCAUAGCUGUGGUGUACUUCAACCUGGUUGACUAUGAGGGUGUUCUCGGUAAGCUGGUGGCGUACGAUAAAGACGGGGAUGGGGACUUUGACAUUGAGGAUGCCAAAAUUCUGCUCGGACUGCAACAGAAGACGCUAGACGCUGCUUUCCCUGAUGACUUUGCUGCUGACCCCGUGGUGACGUCUGAUCCUGAACCUCCAGUCGAGGAACUCGACCAGGAACCUGUUGAGGUUGCUUCCCACUAUGAAGAUGCUGCUGAGCCCGUGGAGACAUAUGAUCCUGAACCUCCAGCUGAGGACAUCGUGGAGCCUGAUCCCGAGCCUGUGGAAGAUGACUGGGAAGCCGUGGAAGUGGAUGUACUCAGAACAGAUGCACUGCCUGAGGAUUCGGCUGUGGAGGAACCUGUACUUCAACAAGAACCUCAGGUUGAAGAGGAACCGGAAACUGCGGAGCCUCCUGAGGUGUUUGAGGAGGAUCCUGAGGUAGUGGAGGAGGAGCCUCUCGCCGUUGAAGCGGCCCCCAAAGAGGAACCUCCUGCCGGACACGACGUCGAAGAAUCGGCAGAAUAUACGGAGGAACCCGCCGCAGAUGACGUAGCAAAUGAGGAAGUCUUGUCCGAGGACCACGUGGAAAUGGCCGACGCCAUUAUGGAGACCGCAAACGAGGAGGAGGAGGAGGCAGCCGACCAAGGCGUGGAGGAGGUCCCUUACGAGGAGCCGUCAUACGAUCCCACCGAAGAAGAGUCUGAUCCUUUAGAUACCGAAGAGCAGGCAUCUCCAGCAGAAGAAGAAGACCAAGCGUUGCCCUCAGAGGAUGAUCUUUAUGAUUCCAUGGAGGAGCCCGCAGUAGUAGAAGAAGAGGAGGAGGCUGCUCCCUUUGAGGCGGAAGCAGAGGAGUAUAAGGAGGAGGCUGCUCCCUUUGAGGCGGAAGCAGAGGAGUAUCAGGAGGACGCUGCUCCCUUUGAGGCGGAAGAAGAGUACGAGGAGGAGGUUGCUACCUUUGAAGCGGAAGAAGAAGAAGAGGAGGCAUACCCAGAAGUGGAAGAAACUCCAGAUGUAACGGAGGAGAACAGGGAAGCGCCUUCAUCCGAGUCCAUAGUCGAACACGCGCUCGCCGAAGACGAAGCAACGACAAACGACGCAGCAGAAGAAGAAAUGGAAGAAGUAGCAGACUCUCCGUUAGAAGAGACAGAAUGGCGGAGUGAACAAUAGCGGGCGCGUGGGUACGUUUCUAAUGUAUAUUUUUUUAAUCCUGGCGUUGAUCACCCUAACACUAGUAGCCAGCAGCGAGUUCCAGACCUCAGUCCUUGUCAUUUUUAUGUCUUUUAAUGUGAAUGGGGCAGACAGACGUACAGUUCAGGUCAAAUGAUGAGCCCUCGGGUAGGUAAAUGUGGUAUAAUGCUGUUCAAGAAAUACCAUGAAAUCAAACUUUAUUUUCAAUGACAUGGGGCGAUAAUCAUUUUGAACAACUGUACAGUGUCACAAGUCUGUAAGUUAUUGUUUUAGAGAUAUUUAUUAAUACAAUGGAUUUGUGGAGAGAAAUGAUAAACGACAGAAAGACCAGUGGAAAUAUGCAAACAAACCUGACUGUUUUUGUUAUUUUUUUUAAAUUUACCUUAUUGACAAUAGGUAAGAAUACUUUUGGAUAUAGAUUUUUCUUUGUAUGUUUUGGUACUAGGGACCAUGUGGGUGCUGAAUAAAUUGUUGGUUGUGAUCCA